AUGGAGUUGCAGCCCCCAAGAAUGCUCAAGACCAUGUCAGGGUCGUUGCGAUCACAGGAGGAGGUGCUCCUGGAGCCCUUCAACUACAUCGGAAAACUUCCUGGCAAAGGAAUCCGCCCGAGAAUGAUCGCAGCCUUCAACAACUGGCUGCAGGUCCCGUCUGAGAUCAUCGAGAAGAUUGCGGACAUCACUCAGAAACUUCACAACGCCAGUCUGGUAGAGGAGGAGGAGGAGGAGGAGGAAGGAGCGGGAGCGGAAGGAGAGGAGGAGGAGGCGUGGGAAGAGGCUGAGGGUGAACGGCAGAUGAUCGACGAUAUAGAAGACAACUCGAAGCUGAGAAGAGGAACUCCCGUCGCUCAUGUUGUCUACGGAGUUCCUCAGACGCUGAACACAGCCAACUACGUCUACUUCCUUGCGCUCAACGAUCUCACCAAGUUGGGAAACUCUCAAGCGGUGGAGAUCUUCAUCAAGGAGAUGCUGAACCUUCACAGAGGACAAGUGAGGGAGAAUGCUGCUCGGCUUGACCUCACGAGAGUGUAG